GCUCUGUCCUUCCAGCUCCCUCCCCCUCCUCCUGCUGCUCCCGGCGUUGCUAGGGCUCGGUCGCGGUGGCGAAGGCGAAAGGUUCGGAGAUGGAGGCGGCCGCCGACGAGGAGCAGGAGGGGAUCUCCGCCCAGUCGCCGGCCCAGGCGCCGCUGUCGUCCGCCUCGUCCCUUCCCAAGGAGCAAUCGCAGGUGGAGCUGGAGCUGCGGGUGCUUCAGGCUCUCGAGUUCUACCCUCCCUCCAAACUGAAAGGAAGGGAGAGAAGGGAGGCGGCAACCACGUCAGCACCAGGCAUCCAUCGUCACUUUGUUCUCUAUGGUCUGAUGGAAUACUUGAGAAAAAGCCUUGAUAGACAAUUCUCUGCUGAUGAAGUUUUGCAGCUACUGGACCGAUUCUUCAACCUAGAAAUGCUGAAACCAGAGGACGAUGACAAGGAUAACCUCACUCAGGCAGAAGAGUUUUCCUUACCAGAAAGCUUUUUCAACAAGGACGACUGAUAGCUAGUGACCCUGCAGUACACCAUCCUUCGCAAUUUGACAGAAAGGUAUUAUGAAUUUCUACUCUGCUCCAGGUGCUCUUAGCUGCGUAGACAUAUUUUGAUGGCCGACUGAAGAAACACGUUUGCCUUGCUGUCGCUCGUAGUGCUUGCGUACUGACUUGUACAGCUUUGGUUGACUUAGGAAAAAUGCAGUCAAUGGUACCGGAUCGAGAUUUCAGUGCCGUUAACUCGCGUGCUGUUUCGUUCUACGAAUGCACAAGCAUUUAUUUAUCCGUUCUCUAGCCGAGAAGAUGUUUGAUGCUUUGUGCCUUUGUCGCAAUGGCGUCUCAACGGCAACUUCUUUCCUUUAAGAUCGUUGCAUCAGAACGGAAAUGUCUUUUGACCGCUCAGCUGUUUCGUUGUUUUUUGCGAGUACCACCAGAAAUCCAUGACGACAAAAUUUUU